AUGGCUCACCACGCCAGACCUUCCAGAUUAGUCAAAAAGGAAGAGUUAGGCAAAAGGAAAACUAGUGAAGGCAAAAAGAAAUCUAGCCAAGUGAAAAAGAAAGCCAAGAAGAAUUCCAAAAAGGCUGUGAGUUCUGGAAAAUGCAAAAAGUCAAUGCAAGAAAAAAAUGAUGUAAAGAAAAAGCAACAAGAAAAGAAACCACCUUUGAGCUCAUCAGUUAGAUUUCUCAGGAGUAGUGUAACUAGAGCUUUAUCUGGAACAUCUUGGGUAAAUAUGGAGAAAACAGAUAAUAUUCUCUUUCAUAACCAGGAUUCUUUAAACUUCAAUGGCUUUACAAUGUCUCUUCGUAGCAGAUCAUUCUCUCAUAGACUGUCCCAAACUGCAGUAAUUACCAAAAAAAAGAAAGUUACAGCACAGAAAAGAUUAGAAAAAACGGACAAGUAUGAACAAGAAACCCUUACUAUAUUGGAAGAAAAAAAAGUUGAAGCUGCUGAAAGGGUUUCGAAACAAGAUUCAGCACAAAAUGAAUUAACCCCUCUCAACAUUCUAUGUGAUACAGACAUUGAGCCCUCCAUUAAAUGUGAUAGUCAAGAUAAAAAGAUAGGGAGACCUGAAUCAAGUGUCUCCAUUUCAAAGCGUCUACCAAGCAUUUACAAUCCAGAAGUAUUAGAGGAGGAGUAUGAGUGUGAAGAGCCGCCCUGUGGGUGGACAUCAAGUAAGAUCAAUACAGGAAGCUCAGACGAAAGUUUUACUCAGAAUUCUGAGCUUGUUCCGGCACCUUUUCAUUCUGACUCUAUAAUCACCUCUGAAUUAAACACAAAAAAACAUUUAGAAGAUUCAGACUCAUUUGCAGAAUCCCAUGUAAAGAUUAACUUAGAUUUGAAGCCUGCUGAUAAAGAACCCGAUUCAAAUUCUGACUCUCUAGUUACCACUGAAUCAAAUUCAAUCGUAUAUUUAGAAGAUUUGGGCUCGUUUUUUGGAUCCCACAUAAAAACUGACUUGGAUUUGGUGCCUGAUAAUAAAGAACCUGACUCAAAUUCUGACUUGUGCUGUAAAAGAGAUGAUUCAGAAUCUGAAACAAAAAAUGUAGUCACAGUUUGUGAACCAGUUAAUCUUGCAGUGCAGCAGCCUGUUAAAUACAUUGGUAAAGAAACUUUAUUUCUGGACUCAGGUUAUGUCCCUAUUUCAUCAUCAAACACAGAAAAAAGCAUAGUAGGCUUAGUCUCUACAACAAUUGCAGUCUUCAAAGAAAAUACUGGACAUUCCUCUGAACGGUCUAUUUCAGGGUUGUCCUCAAACACAGGAAGCUCCGCUCUUACCUCUGACAGAGAAAGAAAUGUACAUUCACCAAAUGAUUCAAAACUGCGGUAUAAGGAUUCUUCAUUACAAUCAGGAAGUGUUGGAAUAAACUUGAACUCAGUUCAGGACAGCAAGAGCAACAGCAUCGGUUCUGCUGAGGCUUCAGAACCAUCCUCCUUUACAAACCCAGUUUACAGUUACCCUCUCUCAUAUUCAUCUUUGCUCCCUAUGUUAGAAAAAAAGAAACGAAGACGGUGUGGGGUAUGUGAACCUUGUCUGCGGAAAACUAAUUGUGAGGAGUGCAGCUGUUGCAGGAAACGCAAAACAAGUCACCGGAUAUGUAAAAAGAGAAAAUGUGAAGAACUGAAAAAGCCGCCACCACCAAUAAUGCUACCUUUUGAGGUGCUAACUGAAAACAAAAGGCCUCAGAGGAGAAAGCAAAGAGUUUUAAAGGCAGAUUUAGAAAACAAACCAGUAAAUGGCCUCAGACCAGGACUCAUGGAAUGCAGUAUAUGCAGUCAUGGUGAAAAAUACAGGGUGAAAACAAAUCAAACAGUGCCCUUUGAAAAUGUACAGUCUAAUGAAAAAGAAAGCAUGACAGGCUUAGAAGCAGAGAAGUGGACAGAUAAUGAAAAACCAUCAUUUAGCAUCUGUGUCAAUGGAGAUAUCCAUGGAACUGUGACAGAUAAUGAACACCUGAAAAAUUCUGAAGAAGAAAGAGCAGUCUCUCCCAGUGAAUUAGUUGAGCCAAAAAAGUUGUUUGCACAAACCAUUAGAAAUGGCAUUAUAAACAUACAUUAUCCACCAUCAGAAUCUGAUGUGUCACUGACAAAGGUAAUUGUAGAAGAAAGGGCAGAUUUGACAAACAACUGCAGAGAAAACAACUCCCCUUCACAUCAUACAAAUACUGCUAAUCUGAAUAAUGUUGUAAGCACUUUGACAACUGGUGUUUGCUGUGCUCAUCCAGAAAAACAAGGAAAUGUUUUCCUGAAACAGAAGUCAAACUGUACCUGCAAGACCUUUCAGGGAUCUGACAAUUCAGUUUUGCAAACUAAUUCCAUUGUGGAUAUACAGGAAAGGUCAUGUUAUACACCUGUGCCUGAGAAGGAAGUCCGUGUUGAAAAAGGUGCUGUUAAAAUACCAAACAAAGAGACACAACUUGAAAACUCCUCACUUCAGCCAACUUUUUUGUCCCUGAUUAAAAACAGAAACUUAACUGUAGAGCAGGUUGUAGCUAUUGAAGCAUUAACAAAAUUAUCAGAAGCCCCAUUAGAAGCAUCUGCACCAGAUAAAACAAAAAAUAUUGAACAUGCAGAACAAACAACGUCCCAUUUACUCCGUAAUUACAAAAGGGACAUUUCCUGCUCUUUGACUUCUUCUACACUGAAAGAAAUCAAAGAGACUUACUUACAGAAUGAACAACAUCUCUUGAAUCGCUGUGCUCGUUCACAGAAGCAGCUCCUUAAUAAGGCAGUGUUGUACAAUGGCCAAAGUACUCUUUCUGAACCCCAGGAUAAAUCUGUUAAUACUACCGGUGGAUCAUAUAGAUCAUAUGGAUCCCCAAGAGAGACCAAAUCUUUAUCUGUUUCAGUACCUAAUGCAAAGUCAUCUUCAGGUCAUACUACCAAGAAAAACUCUCUGUAUGAUAAAGUUACCAUUGCUACGUGUUUCAACAAUUCAUGUAAUGCCCAUCAAACAAGUAGCAAAUUGGAGAUUCUGAGCCAGUUUGAGAAAAACAAAGCUUAUAAUGAUCUGAACUUGAAAAGUAAUUUUUCAAUGAAGGAAGGAGGAAUUCACAGCCAGGAUGAAGAAGAUGUAGCUACACAGUUAACUCAACUUGCAGCAAUAAUUGAAUCAAAUCAGACAAGUCCAGAGCAGAAGAAUGAUGUAAAGACAUCACUUCUCAGUCUAAUAUCACAUGAGAUUCAGCCAAAACAUAACCAGGACCAGUGCCUACUGAAGAAAAAACAGUCUGUGUUUAUAAGGCACAAUUAUAGCUCAUUGUUAGUAAAGCAAAAACAGCCAACACAUAAAAAAGGAAAAACUGUACCAUGGAAACAAAGACACAAAAAGAAGCCUCAAGUACCGGACUAUCAAGAAAAUAAUCAAAAACAGCAAGAGCAGUUGGCAUACCAGCAUAAUGAGUUGCAGGACAUUUGGAUAUCAUCAAAACCACUUGGUCGUACCAUGCCACGGGAUUUGAAAAUAGCUGCAUCAAAAAAAAAAUCUCCCAGAACCAAAGUACAGAAGGAACUGAAUCAAAGUACUUUAUCAUCACAACAAAAAACUAGAUUAUUUCUUCCACAAACUCAGAUAAAAAUCCAUAGACAUCUACCUGAGGUACCAUGGGAGAAAACAAAAGACAAGCUGUUUGGCUGUGAAGUAGAAACUGAGCACAUGAAAACUGUAGGCUCCAGUGACACACAAGGUAUUGAUCCACUGAAAAGUGACAUUGUUGUUACCUCUUCACAAUAUAAUGGCCUGCUCUCCAGUAAUCCUAUGGUUGCUUCACAACUUAAAACUGAAUCGUGUUUAAACAGACCAAGUGAAAAUGUACAGAUGUUUACAGAAAAAUAUAGUAAUUCUCAGGUACAGCAAACAAUGAAUGUCAUUCAGAUGUAUCCCUUGCCUCAAACACUUAAUCAGUCUAACCAGAGAGCUCAUGAGAUAUCUGAUGAAGACCAUGCAAAUUUUCAGCAGAAUGCUGCAGAGCAACAAUUGGAUCAGAAGUUGCAAACACUCCCAGUUACCUGUUGUGAGACCCAUUUACCACACACAGUAGAAACUCUCAGGAAUAUAGAUUGUGCAGGUGAAAUUACAGUUCUGACAUCAACAAGUUUGGGUACUGAAAACCCCCAGAGUAUAGGUGACUUGGGAUGUUCUCCAUCAAAGAAUACACUCAGCAGUUUUCUUGAAUCUCCUAUGAAGUUCCUAGACACUCCUACAAAAAAUCUGAUUGAUACGCCUACCAAAAAAGGACAGUCUGAAUUUCCAAUCUGUGACUGUGUUGAGCAAAUUAUAGAGAAAGAUGAAGGCCCAUAUUAUACACACCUUGGGACAGGACCAAGUGUUGCUGCUGUCAGGGAAAUAAUGGAAAACAGGUAUGGAGCAAAAGGAAGUGCUGUCAGAAUAGAGGUAGUGGUUUAUACAGGCAAGGAAGGAAAAAGCUCUCAGGGGUGUCCGAUUGCCAAAUGGGUGAUACGAAGAAGUAGUGAUGAGGAAAAGUUGCUGUGCUUGGUACGUCAGCGUGCAGGACACCACUGCCAAACGGCCGUCAUAGUGAUUCUGAUUUUGGCCUGGGAAGGGAUUCCUCAUCUUCUGGCUGAUACAUUAUAUAAAGAACUGACACAGAGUCUCAGAAACUAUGGCUGUCCCACAAGCCGUAGAUGUGCAUUAAAUGAAGACCGCACUUGUGCAUGUCAAGGACUUGAUCCUGAAACUUGUGGAGCCUCAUUCUCAUUUGGCUGUUCAUGGAGUAUGUAUUUCAAUGGCUGUAAAUUUGCCAGAAGCAAAAACCCCAGGAAAUUUAGACUUCUCACAGAUGACCCUAAACAAGAAGAACACCUUGAAAAUAAUUUGCAAACUUUAGCUACUGAUGUGGCUCCACUUUAUAAGAAACUUGCUCCUGAUGCUUUUCAGAACCAGGUGGAAAAUGAACACCUGGGCCCAGACUGUCGUCUUGGAUCCCAGGAUGGUAGGCCUUUCUCUGGUGUUACAGCUUGUAUAGAUUUCUGCGCCCACGCCCAUAAGGACACACACAAUAUGCACAAUGGAAGCACUGUGGUCUGCACAUUAACAAAAGAAGAUAACCGUUCAGUGGGGGUGAUACCGAACGAUGAACAGCUACAUGUGUUGCCUCUUUACAAAAUUUCACAGACAGAUGAAUUUGGCACUGAGGAGGGACUGGAAGCUAAGAUAAAAGCAGGAGCAAUACAGGUGCUUACUGCUUUUCCCAGAGAAGUACGGAUGUUAGCUGAGCCACUUAGAGCUACAAAGAAAAAGAAGCCAGAUACAAAGAAGACACAAGUUGAAAAGCAGACAUUAGCAGAUAAGAAAUAUUCAACACCAGCAAAGCUGAAAAUUGGAGCUCCUGAAAAUCUUGGUAAAACUUCACAGUAUUUAGGGAACAAAACAGAUGCUUUGCAACCUGGAAUAAAAAUGGAGACUUCAGAUCACCUUUAUGCCAUGAAACAUACUUCAAAUGCUACUAAAAGUUGCUCUGUAUUAAAACAAUAUACUGCUUCCUCCCCUUUUAAGGUGGAUAGUUUACAUCCUUAUUCGUCAUUAACACAUAAGCCUAGCAUAACAGCAGUGACUGAUAUUCAACAAGAUUUUUCAGUUCCCUACGGGUAUUUCGAAUGCAGUAGUAAGCAACCUCAUGUCACACCUUAUAUUAAAUGUAAGAAUUUUGAUGUGUCAGUUAAAGAUUAUACUGGAAUUUUUCUGAAUGAAAAGAGGAAUGGUGUGCCACCAAUUCUUCCAGAUAUUACUGUUUCAGACCACCCAACCCUUAAAGACCCCCUGCAUAGUAUACUUGAACACCUACCAGAUGACAAGCAAAAUUGUCAACUGCAAUUAGAAAAUGCUCCUUCGCAAUCGAUCAACCCUUGUGAUAUGUCGGUACCAUUAAACUCUCCGGCAAAGGAUGUAACCAGAAAUGAAGCUAACACGUCUCAAAAAUGUCCAGUGGAAAAAGGUGGCUCCCAUCAAGAACAGAUUUGUGAUUCCAAAGCUAGUGAUGAAAAGCAAAGAAAUGUGCUGGCAGAACCAAUGGAUUCUGAAGAAAAAGCUGAUGAAAUGUGGUCAGACAGUGAGCACAAUUUUUUGGAUGAUGAUAUUGGUGGUGUUGCUGUGGCACCUUCUCAUGGUUCUAUCUUAAUUGAAUGUGCAAGACGUGAACUCCAUGCCACAACACCCAUUAAGAAACCAAACCGCAGUCAUCCCACACGAAUCUCUUUAGUCUUCUACCAACACAAAAAUUUAAAUGAGCCAAAACAUGGAUUAGCAAUGUGGGAAGCAAAGAUGGCUGAGAGAGCAAAAGAGAAGGAAAAAGAAGCAGAAAGAUUAGGGACUGAAAAUACUGAACUAAAAUCUAGCAGCAGGAAAACCAAGCAGAGCAGUGAAACCAGAGAGAUUUUCUAUGAAGAAAAUGAGUUCAACCAAAUUCCAUCACGCAGAGCGUUAACAGUAACUCAAGAUAAUGUAAUAACAGUGUCUUCUUAUGCCCUCACUAGAGUUGCAGGGCCCUAUAACCAUUGGGCAUAGGUUUUAGUAGCAGAUGCCUUGCCUUGGUGCAGUGUUAUACAGUAUUUCUUUAAGGUGCUGUUAAAGAACAGAGUCAUGUGUAGUUUACUAUUUGUUCAUCUCAACCAUUUUAAGGCUGAGGUAAAAAUGGGGAUUUAUCUUAAACUGUGACUUUAUAUUUUAACAUUUGGUGGUGCUUGAGCACAUUUUAAGCAAAAAAAAAAAUUGUAUAGUUUUAAUAUGUUCUAAAAGAAGAUUUUGGUUAGGUUAUUAACCUUGAUUGAAUCAUUCAGUUUAUUACCUUUAGGAAAUUAUAUUUUGGUGCUUUAAAUCAAAUCUGUUUACUACAGAACAAGUCAUUUAUAGGGAUUUUAACAGAUUCACAUUUUAUGAUGUAAAAUCAAAUUAUACAGUGAUAGCUCUACACAGUUCUUGGUGCUUGACCACAUCAAACAGUAAAAAUAAGCUGAAUUAUUACUUCAUGGUGCCAUUGCUCCAACAACUUCCAAUCAUUGCUAAAAAGUCCAAAUUACAGAUAAAUCUUUUAAGAGAACCAAUGAAAUUUUCUCUCUCUAGAGUUUUCACAAUGUAUAAAAUGAAGUUAUCACUAGUGAUGGCUGGAAGUUGUUUGUAAGCUGUAAAUAUAUAUUUUAAAAGCACUUUCUAUUUUUAAAAUUAACUUGAACUAGUAUAGUAUGAGGAUCAUAUUGUCUAAGGUUUGUGCAUACUCUACAGAAGAAAUCAUUUUGUUCUUGCUGUGUAGAUUUCCAUACUGUUACAAUUGCAAUAUGUAUGCUAAUGACAUAUGUGAUUGUUUUUAGACUUUCCCUUUUUCCAUUGAAGAUUUUUAUGUUACAUAUAAACAGAAGAGUAAUAAAAUGCAGAAACUUUUAAUUAUUUACAAAUAUGGAAUGAAGAAACAUCUUGUUCAAUGUGUGUUGCUAUUGGGGAAUUAAAUAAUUAAUUUUUUAAAGACAAAUUAUGAUGAUUUAUUUGAGCAAUAAGCACAUUAGUCUGACUCAUCUAAAGCAUUGCAAGUUAUGUGACACAACCAAAUGUUCCUAAUGCCUCAGGGGUAGGAUCGUUUUGGGAUUUAAAAAAAAAAAAAAAGGUACCCCCUAGAGUUACCUUACUCUGUUCUGAAAAAAAGUUAUAAAAAUGACAAACUAAUUGUUAAAAAAGUAAGAAAUUUUCAAUAUCUAAUGUUUAACAGCAAGUCUUAUUUGAGAAUUCCAUUCCAGAAUGUUCACUAGCUAUUAGAAUGCUUUUUCAGUUCAGUGAGUUUUGUUUUUUUUUUUACAAGCAUAUUUUGUAUCAUUUUUAAAAAUGAUUUAUUUAUACAUUUCAUAUGGGAACAGUUGUUAGUUCCAAACAUUUGAAUUUAUGUUCUGCAUUUCAGUUGGAAAAUUCACACAUCACCAAAUGAUUAUGGUUACAUUUUGCUAAAUGAGGAAAAGUAGACACUCCAUUCAGAAAUAAUGUAGCAUCCAUCCCACUCUUCUUUCUCUGAUUCUUCUCUCCUCCUCAUUUCUGUUUUAUUAUUUAUUUAUUGAAUCAUCUAAUCACCAGACAAAAAAGUUGUUUAAGUAAGGACCUUGUCCUGCAAGCCUUACUCACCUUCUCAGUCCAAUUAAAGUCAGUGGGACUACCCAAGUAAGGCCUACUCUUGUGCAUAAUGGUUGUGGGAUAAGAUCCUACGGGUCAAGCUCUACCUUAAUUUUACCUGUGAAUACUCACAGUGUAUGUAAUCCCAUAGAUGUAACUGAGGUUAGUAUUUUCUAUUGAGAACUUAUACCAGUAAUAUACUUGAUAAUACUAUAAUGCAGUGGUGCUGUAACAAAAGUAAUCUGAAAUGUCUAGAUCCACUUUAUCUAAUACCUAGACAAGGUGCUUUUUUCUUUAAAAGUUAUAUAAUAAUUGUGAUAUUUACAGUUUUGGUACAAAGAAUAUGUGAAUUUUAUUUUUUACACACAGUGCUAACUAGAACCCUGAUCCUGAAAAUACUUACAGGUAGGAGCAGGUCCAAUGAAUUCAGUAUUUGCAGGAUCAAGGUCUAAAGUUGCAAUCACUAUGUAAUGAUAUUGGGCUAAACCUAAAAUCCUUAUGUAGACUGACUAUUGAAAUUAACAGGAAUCUUAAUGGAUAAGGACAGGAGGAUUGGACCCAUUCUUUGUAUUUUAUCUAGCUCAAAGUAAAAUUUGUGAAAACCCCAUAUGCUGCAAAUUUUAGUUUAAAGCCUGUUAGUUCAAGUACAGAAUAUGAAGGGAUUAUAAAUAAUAAAAAUGUCAAUAUUAUGCCAUCAUUUUGUACCAGCAGUUUUCUGCUUCUUAAAUAUGUAAAGUACAGUAUACAUUAAAUCAUUAUGGUAUUUUGUGUGCCUUAGAUUUCCAUUUUAAAACUUGUCUGUUUUUUGUGAGGCUAAAAAUUACAGCUGUAUAUACAGUAAGUAGUAUUCUAAGUUGCUCCAGCUGCUCCAACAACAUAUUUGCUAUCUGAGUACCCUUGUUUAGCACCAUGGUCAAUUAUCUACCAGAAGGAUUACUUUGCUACUAGUAAGUGUCACUGAUAACACUGAUAGAUUUAGACAUAUUAUAACUUCACAAUAAUUUCACUAUGCCAUAUGCAUGUAUAGUGCAAAAUGAAGGAAUUCUUUAUUUCUCCGCAAUUCUACUAAAUACCAUUUUUAUUUCAAAUUUAGUAGGAAAAGUUUCAGGGCCGUUAUUCUGCUAACAAGAAAUUCAAGAAAUAUUAAAAUGGCUGGAAUUUCCAUUUGAAUCGUUCCAGACCUUUAGGCUUGUGUGUGAUUAGGCAGUUCAAGUGCUAAAAACAAUUAAUAGAGAAAACACCAGCUUCCUCAAAUACCUGAAAAGCAGAAUAGGUGCAUCUUAAAUGGCAUCUUUAAGUAUGUUUGUCUUUUACAAGGCACUUCUCAGUUAACUAUCAGUAGGGACUCAGCAAGUCCAAGAGGGAAAUCCAGCUCUAAUAGAUUCAUAAUGGCAAUGUUAAAAGAGAACAGUAUGUCUGAAAAGCAAAUAUUUUCUAGUAAAUAUAUUGCAGUAUGAGAAAUACAUCUAUUUACUGUAUUUACAGCUGUGUGCUAUUUAUUAUAACAUUUCAGAAUAUUUAUCAGUCUUGUGCACACAGAUCAAUGUUGUAUUGAGUAAGAUUGUACUUGCAACAAUAUUGUCCUCUUAAAAGUUACGAAUUUUAGGAAGUGACUCUUUCCCUUCCAUCCCACACAACUGCUCUAUGACUUCCUCUCACGCUUAUAGAUGCAUAAACUUUAAGGUCAGAAAGGACCAUCAUGAUCAUCUAGUCUGACCUCCUGCACAUUGCAGAAGCAGGAUCUUUCCAGAUUGGCCAGCCAGGUCAGGAACCACAUCUGAAGACAAAACAGCUAGGAAAAACUGUAUACUUCCCUUGAUCUGUAACAAACUUAUAUUGAUUUCAAUAGGAGUUUAUGUUCAUAGACAGACAGCACUAUAGGGUUCCAAGUCUUUAACUCACAGUUCUUGACAGUUUGUUUCCCCACUACCACCACCUUUUAUAUCACCUCACAGUAUACCACCAAGGACUGUUGCAACAUAACAUAGCAACCUUUGAUUUUCCAGCAAGAAUAUCCCUAUACGCUCCCUCUACUAGGCCUGCACCAUCACAACACCUCAUUUUGGAGGAAUGGAGUGAUGCUCUCUAGAGACAAGUAUCAGGGGGUAGCCGUGUAAGUCUGUAUCCACAAAAACAACAAGGAGUCCAGUGGCACCAUAAAGAUUAACAGAUGUAUUUGAGCAUAAGCUUUCCUGGAAUUGACACCUCAUCUAUUAUUGGGAGUGGACUACACCCUGAUUGAAUUGGCCCUGUCAACACUGGUUCUCCACUUGUGAGAUAACUCCCUUCUCUUCAAGUGUCAGUAUAUUUAUGUCUGCAUCUGUAAUUUUCACUCCAUGCAUCUGAAGAAGUGGGGUUUUUACCCAUGAAAGCUUAUGCUCAAAUAAAACUGUUAGUCUUUAAGGUACCACCGCACUCCUUGUUGUUUUUGCUCUCUAGAGAAUAUCACUCCUGUUUGACUCGCAGGGGUCACUGUUGCAAUAGUACAAUAGCUCCCAUUGAAACUGUGAGUGUUACCACUGCAAUACUCCUGCACAUGCUGAUCCAAGGAAUGAGGUACCAAGCUGGGAUCUGACACUUAGAACCCACAGAUAGUAGCAGAGAGUAUGACUAUAAGGCCAUAUGACCAGCUCACCUCAAAUAUUGUAAUAAUACUGUACAAAAUUCAUACAAAGACUAAUUGCUCAUAAGCUACAAUUAAGAUGUGAUCAUAUCUUUCUGCAAAUAAUCCUGAUUUUAUAAGUCAAUGUUUUGUACUUACAGUGACCACCAUUAAAACAAGUCAUGCUUAGUUACCAGAAUGUGUCCCUAUGCUUCAAAUAGGAAAUAACUCUAGUAUCUGAAGUAACAUGGUGUGAUAACUGUAGGUAAAAAGCAACUUUUUAAUGCUUACUAGUAUACAUAACACACAAUUGUUUUCUCCUUUAAAAACCUUUCAAACACCAUUACAGUAUUAUGCUAACUUUAGUGGGUCAAGUUCUACUCUCAUUCACAUCUGUUUAACCCCACUGCAGUUAGUGGAGCUCUGCAGAUGCAAAUACAGUAGGAUUUGGGCCAAUAUGUUAAUGUGCUUCUAGUUAAAUGUAGAAUUUUUAGGAAACCUUGUUAACAAAAUUGUAUUUGCAUUUUUAUAUUUAAAAUGUAGGGCACAAUCCUACCUUAAAUUACACGGGGGAAGAUCAAUAUGACUCUGUGUGAAAUCAGCUACCUGGUCAGGCCAAGUGAUAAAAUAUGCUUUCUAAUUUACAGGCUGCAUAAAUAUUUCAUUUCUUCUUAAAUUUGCACAGAAAUGCUUGUAGUAUGGACACGUACUCCCUCCCAAUAUUUGAAAAAUUAAUUUAUAUGCCAGUUUUCAGCCUAUUUACAUGUAUCAACAUUUGUGAUAUUCAUGCAGUAUUAAAUGAAUGACCUCUCACAUCCACUGUGGCAGUUAAAAUAGCAUUUCUUCAGUAGUGAGAUCUUUUUGGCAGGUCUUUGCAGUAAAAUUGUCGUCGUGUUUUAUUUCUCACAUAUGGAAUAGUUGGAUGGCUAACCAUAACACAUUAUGAAAGCCCUUGAUCACGCGUUGUGAAAUUAUAGAUGAGGAAGAGGCCAAUCACAUAUGGAAACUCUUUUCUAAUUUAACCAAGUGGCUGUUCAACCAGUAACAGCUAUAAGGCCACUUUAUCAUCAAAAAGUAAAGUGCAAAGAAAUACAAUAAUUGUGUUAUGACAUUCUGGCAUUGCCUUGCAAUCUCUGUGCCAUAACAAUUUCUGUUUGAUAGGGAUGUGUCAUCACAUCAUGUCACUAUGUACUGAUGUAUGUUAAUUCCAUUCCUCCACUUCCUCUUGUGGAAUCAAUUUCUUCUCUGUUCUCUCUGCCCCAAUCUGUACUGGCCUCUGGAAAAAGAGAAGUCACUCUUACUUUGAUCUGCCUAAUACAUGUACCCUGGACAGAGACGUGAGCACUGCUAUAAUCGCUCACUCUGCCUCAGAUCCAGAUAGAGCAAGUGGAGGACUAAUCGGAUAUAUGAAGCCCAAAAUAGUUAUAAACCAGGCUAUGAAGAACCGCAUGCAGCUUGUGAGCCCUGACUUGACUUGCUCCUUAAGCCGUUUCUUGGUUGCCUAGGUACUGUAUAUCCAUAUCACCACUGUUUAUUUAGAUAUAUCGAAUUUUAAAUACACAAUCUUUUUUUACUAAAGUGUAAAACUAUGGCACAUUUAUAUCCAUCUCUUUCUUUUUAAUCUUAUCUUAGAAGCAUGGUCAGUGUAAAAAGUACUGAGAUUUUGACUGCUCAGUAUUUUAGUGGAGUAGAAGUGAAACCACAGAUCAGAGUUUUCUGGGAUCACCUGAUAUUUUAGAAAAAUUGUCUUGAAUUAUAUUGUUUAUAUGGUACUGAUGUAUGCUGCUGUAAAACUAUAUGAAUGCUAUUUUCCUGGGACUCUGACAGAGGAGAGAUAUGUAUCACUUGAGGCUAUCCCAGGGACCAAAAAAUCUCUAAUAAUAUUUAAUUAGGUACAAGUAUGUAGAAGAUUAGGAAUAGCCUCUAAAUAUUAUGGGCCAGAUUCUGAUUUGUUACACUCAGGUACAUCCAGAGUAACUCUACUGAAGUCAAUAGAGUUACUCCAUAUAUACGCAGGUGUGACUGAGAUCAGACUCUGUCCUCUGUCUAUGCUAGAGAUUGUCUAUUUCCUUUGAUAUAUGAUUCAAAGUUAGUACUAACUUCAUGUUAACUUUUAUCAUUAUAUUAAAAUAUUUUAGAUGUUUCAGAGGAGUUAGUUAAAUGUUUCAGUUUGAGUGUAAUAUUUCAGUGUCAUUUGUGUGCUGCUUUGUUUUCUAAAUAAUGGAGAUAAUUCUCAGUGUAUACUACAUCUUCUCCCUCUAGGACAUUUCAUUUGCUAGCUUCAGCCCUAGGCAUUAACUUCUGUUCUGUAUAGAUGACACUGAACUCUACAACUCGCUCAUUUCAUGCUUUGAUUCCUUCCUAGCUCAUCUGCUGUAUUUACCCAUUUUGUCUGUCAGUGCUUGGUGACCCUAUAGCCUUCUGCUGUUGAAUGCUUUAAAGAGUUAUAACUUCCUGCAUACAAGUCUUCUAAUUCUCUUUAGCACGGACCUUUCCUCCCAAGGGUAGCAAUGUAAGCAUCAGCCUUGCUCCUGACUUUUAUUUUUUAAUCUCACCUCUUCCUUGUCUGUAAAUCUGUUUAUCUCCACCUCUGAAGUUUACAAGAAUUUAUUAUUAAUGUAACUCUUUCAAAAUCUAUAUUCAUGUCAAUCAUUUUCUGUCUUAACUCUGAUAGUUGCCUUUUUUAUCAUCCUGUUAUAGCCUAACUCUUCCAUGGGGUGCAGAAUGCUGCAGUUAAAUUACUUUUUCAUUACAAGAAAGAGGAGCAUUUCAGUCCACCCCUUCACCUUCACUAUCAAUCUUCAUAUCCACUUGUAAACUGCCCAUUUAUUUUUCAAAACUCUCCAUAAACUUUUGGCAUCCUACCUUUCUGACCCUCUAUCCACAUAUAGUCAACAAAGUCCGUUUUGCCAGUAUUGGCCUCUUCUCUGCCCACAGUUUCAGCUCUCCAGAGCUGAAGAUCAUUCUUUGCUUGUACUGCUGCAUCUCUGGCAUUCUGUCUUUCCUUCUGUAUGAUUUACUCUGUUCAAAUCUUGACAUAAUAGAUAAGAUUAUGACUCUCCCUGCAAAGACCCACAAGCGGGAGAAGGUGCUUCCUUGUGUCUUCUGUUUGUCCCUGUUCAUGGAUCAGCCAUAAUCCCAGUGGGAAGUUCAAGGACUGCAUAAAAGUUAGUGCCAGCACUGGCACUAGACUCUCCAAAGAGGAGUGGAGUUAUGGAUUUGCCUUUUCUUCCUCCCUUCACAGCAGCAAGCAGGGCUGAUUUGGCUUGAGCAGGAAGGAGUAGAACACAAACUGCACUCUGUGAAAAGGUACAGGGGUUCCAGCUUUGCUGUGUGCUUCUCCACUCUGUUAAAAUUCUCUUUGGGACUCCUACUAUUCCCCAGCCUCUUCUUACUUCCCCCAUCCCAAAUGGGCUGUAGCUUAAAGCCACAUUUUAGUCCAAAUCUUCCCAUUCUCUUUAGCCUACAAAUGACACUAGAUCCUCAGUACUGCAUCCUUCAGUUCUUCCCCCACCAUAGCUAAUCUGCAAGAACACUUGCAUGUUUAUCACUUUUAAUGUUGACUGUUUUCUUCUCUCCUACUGGAUCUUCAUCCAUGUCAUUUUUCCUUUUAUGAGUUGCUGUGCGCAGCUUGAAAGUCUUCUCUCUUCUGCCUCUUUCUUUUAAGCAUUUUAUGACACUUUGUAUGAAGGCUGCUAUAUCAAGAUAAGUUGUACUGUUGUGUGAUUCAGAACCUGCAGGGUUAAUUCAAAUGAAGUUAAAUUGAUGGUACAGUGACACAGUGUUCAUUGGUGUCUAAUUCUAAAAUGCUAAAAGCUCCCAAUGAUUUAUUUGCAAUGACUGCAGGAUUGGGCCUUAAAUUGUUUUCGAUGUUGAGUCAUACAUCAAUCACUGUUUCAGGUUGACAACAUUUUUAAAUGUGGCUGUACUAUCACUCGACUGUUCUCCCCACUUUGUGCGCCAUUACGGCCUUCCACAUAAAGUCAAAGGGUACAAUACUGUUAUAAAUAGAUGCCAAAAUUUUCUGUGGGUAGGAAGUAGAACACAAUUGACAAUUAAGCUACAUAGAGAUGUCAUAUGCAGUAGACUGAAUGUAUUCAAAAAAAAUUGCUGUUACAGCGUCACAUUGGAACAGGUUUCAGAGGAGCAGCCGUGUCAGGCUGUAUCCGCAAAAAGAACAGGAGUAGUUGUGGCACCUUCGAGACUAACCAAUUUAUUGGAGCAUAAGCUUUUGUGAGCUACAGCUCACUUCAUCGGAUGCAGUGAGCUGUAGCUCAUGAAGCUUAUGCUCAAAUACAUUUGUUAGUCUCUGAGGUGCCACAAGUCCUCCUUUUCUUAUUGGAAUAGAUGUCAAUCAUUUGACACUUAAUCGAUAUCACAACUGUUGCCACAGAACAUUUUAAUACUGUAUUGUGGAAGAUUUUAUGAACUGUUCGAUAAACAUUUUCGAUGUCUUACUUGUUUCUUGUUAUAUACUAUUACAAUGCAAAAGUUUUUUUAAAUAUAAAAAUAAAGGGCCUUUUUCUCAUUUACGCUAAGGUCCUUUAACACCACUCUCAGAGAACAAAAUGACAUUAAAGUGGAAGUGAAUGAAACUGACACAUAGUAAGUUGUCUUUACUCUACUAGGGUGGUGUAAAGAAAUCUUAGUGUAACUGAGAAUCAAGCCUCAAAGUUGACUGUGCAAUCAUCAAUGGAUGAUCUUCUUUACAAUAUCUCUACUGCACACAUAUUGGCCAGCAAGAUCCAAACCAUUACACUGGUGUUUAGUUUAGAGAAAAUUAGAAAUGUAGUUUAGAAAGAUAUUCUAAUCUAGCUUCUUUUGUAGGAUAUACAACUGUAGGCUGACCUUCUUUCCCCAUCUUGCCUACAAAAAGAAUGUGGUAAGGGGUUUGUACCUCAAAUUAGUGCCCUGGCUAUAGAACUGGUAGGAUUGUGAAUAAUAAAAAUUGCAAAUUUGAGCAAUUUUUCCUCAAAUAAUUAUUCACAAUGUUUUUAUUAUCAUUAUUAGACAGCUUUACUUGACCACUUGAAGCGGGGUUGUGAGAAUUCACCCAGCUCCAUUCUCUGCUGACAUAAGAUCCAGUGAGGUUUGUUAUACUGUGUAAUAUUGCCACACUAGAGGGAAAUGUGAGGCACAAAGCUAAAAGCCAAAGUUUUCUCACCACCCUAAUUUUGGUGAUAUUAGACAGCAAAACCAUUAGCCCAGUCCUGCAUGCCUGAGUCAUGAAAAAACUUCCAUUGCAGCCAGUGUGAGUUUUGCAUUAGCAAGUAUUGAGCCUCAUAAGCUUACACUAUUGUAUUGGAAUUAUAAAAUGGUCCCCUAAAAAUAAACAAAUGCUGAGGAGAAAAAAACAUUUGCUUUUCAUUCUUACAUGUCUAAACUGUGGUGAUAUUGUACAUCACUAUAACAGACUUCUUUUUACUUUUGUGAAUGUCACUUUAUAAUUCUAGCAAAACACAAGGCAACCUUUGCAUUUUGAAUGUUGUAAGCCUUUAGUCCUCAAAAUAUCUCCCAAGAUUAAAAAAAUUAUUACAAAUCCAGAGAGGCAAACUGAAUAUUCCAAUAAAGUUAAAAGAAAAUCUGUUUUAAGUAUUAAUAUUGGACAUUUAAUACUUUAACAUUUAAUUCUUCUACUAUUUCUUUGCUGAGUUUGGAAGAGGAUAGUUCUUGGUAAUGUCACAAUAUCAUGACAUGUCAUAAAUGCUUUUUAAAAACUUGACGUUACCAGACACAACAACAUUAUUUUUUAAAGCUACAAUGUCACAUUCAGAGAAUGCAGUUUGAUUCUCUCCUGACUUUUAUGAAAAAACUGAAAAGAUACAGGAUGCCAAAGGAGAAAAAUUGAUUUUUGUUUGAUCAAUAUAUUCUGUAUAUUUCUUGCUUUCUUUAUAUGGAAUGCAUUUAAUAUUUAUUUUGCAGCUUUGAACUUCUGUGUUUUAGGGAUUUGGUGGUGUUGUUUUGUUUAUUGGUGUUAUCAACCUACUGUAUUUAGACCUGAAAAAAUGAAAUAACUUUUGAAAGACAAAAUACAAUUUUCUUUUUAACAUUAACAUAUUUUUAGUUCCUAAAGGAGAAAAAAACAGAAAGAAAAAGCACUUCAUUAUGUCACAGUAUGUACAGAAGAAAGUUUAAAAGUUACUUCAUGUCUCAUACAUUUGGGACGCAUCUAGUGUAAAUCCACAUAGCCCCAUUCAAGUUAGAGAAGCUAUGUGGAUUUACAUCAGUGAGGAUCUGACCCUUGAAAUCUUCUCUGCAGCAAAGGGAACUCUUACCAGCAGUACUUGAAGACUUGUGAGUUGUGACUGCAUGUUACUUGAAAGACUUACUUAAACUCUGUUUUUGGUGCAAGCAGUUGUUGUACACAAUUUCAUGUUUAUGUAGCAAGAUGCAUUGAAAUGUUGAUAAUAGUGUUGAAACAUACAUGUAAAGAUUGUUGUUGUGGAAAUUGUCUGUUCUGUUAUAUUUUUCUUGUGUGUCUCAUUAUCUGUUUAGAACGUAAAUUUUCAUUUUUUUAUCGUCCUAACUGAAUAAGGCUAAAUGAAUACUGUAAUUGAAAAUAUAUUUUAAAUCUUGUCAUGAGUUUUUAAAAAAAGACUAUUACAAAUUGUAUCAUUCCUGAUUACACAGAACUUUGUGGGUGGUUUUAAAUAAAUUUUAUACUUCUA